CUCUGUCUUCGAUUACAAUACAAAGUAAGUUUCCACGAUAACAAUAAUUCCAAUUGAGAUAGUGUAGCCAUAAAUAAAUAUCACUUAUCACAAUUCUUAUUACUUUAUUAUAACAUAUUUAUUAACAUAAACAUUGUUUUUAGUAAAUAUACAGAUUUAUUAAUAAAUUACAAUAUUUUAAAUAACGUUAGUGGUCAGUAAGUAAUCGUCAAGCCAGAGUACAAUAGCAGUGCGAACAUAUUUGUUGAUGUUAUUUAUUGAAGAUGUUGCCACCAGAUUAUGUGCCUAAAUCAUCCUUAGGCAUUGUCCCUCCUCGUAGCAGAUUUUUAGGUUCACUAAUGACCACUGAUUUAUGGUUAGAAGAAAGGAGAGAGACAGAUGGAGCCGAAGGUUUAUGGAGAAUCCACGAUGGGCUAUACAAUUUUGAAAGUUUUGUUCAAGAACAUCCUGGAGGUUCUGAAUGGCUUGGACUAACCAAAGGUACAGAUAUAUCCGAAGCUUUUGAAAGUCACCACAUAUCUCAACUUCCAGAGCAACUUCUAAGCAAGUACUUCGUAAGAAAAGCAAAAACAAAACGAAACAUUCCAUUUACCUUCGAAGAAAACGGUUUCUACAAAACACUAAAAAAGGAAAUUCGAAAGACCCUAAAGAAUGUCCCAAAAGAUGACUACAACACCUCAGAUAUGUACAGCGACGCACUUUUUGCGGGACUAAUAUUAUUUUCAAUAUUAUCAGUGCGGUAUUGGAGUUAUACUUCAGCCGUGAUAGCUGGAGUAAUUUUGGGGUUACUAACUGGAGCUGGACAUAAUUAUAUCCAUAGAAAAGAUAGUUUUAGGAUGCUGUACUUUCAAUUUUCAAUGUUCCAAGUAAGAGACUGGAGGAUAAGUCAUGUGUUAAGCCAUCAUCUGUAUCCUAAUACCGUCAUUGAUUUAGAAGUAAUUCUACCAGAACCAUUCCUUCAAUAUCACCCAAUUAAAAAGUUAUUUGGUGGGUAUUAUUCUGUGAUAAUAGCACCAGCAGUCUUUUUGUUUUCUUUUCAUGCUGGCUUUUUCAAUAGACUACAGACGUAUAAAACUUUAAAACCCAUAGGUUUUACUGGCUUGAGCUUACCAUUAUUGAUGUAUAUCUUUGGAACAGAAACAAUUCUAAACACAUUUAUUAUGUGGAAUGUUAUCCUUUUGGUUGGUUCUUUUCAAUUUACUUUAAUUGGAUUUAAUGCAGCUCAUCACCAUCCCGAUGUUUUUCACGAUGGAGAUACUCCAAGAUCUCUUGAUGAAUACGACUGGGGCUUGAAUCAACUUGAUGCCGUUAUGGACCGCAAGGAUAUAACAGGAUCCGAUUUUCUCGUUUUAACAUGUUUUGGAGACCAUUCUCUACAUCAUCUUUUUCCUACUUUGGAUCAUUCAAUACUUAAACAUCUUUAUCCAACAAUGAAAGAAGUUAUGAACAAGUUUGAUGUAAAUUUAAGAAUGGUGACCCAAUGGGAUGCGAUAGUAGGCGGUUUUCAGCAAUUGUUGAAAGUCAAACCAAAUCCUUUACCUCCGAAUCUAAAAAGCAAAAAAUAUUUGUUAUUGUGAUUGAUUAUUAAUAGAAUUAAUAAAUUAUUUGAUUAAUUUUUAGUGGAA